UUGGCUCGCGAUCACACAGGAACACACACCACGCGCUCUCAUCAGACCCAGAGCCCUCACCCGCUUUCUGUCAGUGUCACCCGCGGCUCUUUGAAGAGUCCGUUUUUUGGUCUUCCUGGGUUUAGGAUCUCCCGGUGGGACUCGUAUACAUCAUGACUGUUGGUCUCUCCAGCUGAGCUGCCGGACGGAUUUUUUUUUGUGUCGUCUCACAGCUGGACAGGCGGACGUGCUUGACGGACGAGUUGGACAGAGAUCGUGAAGGAGAUCUCAAAGGCUGUCGCGUUGCCGGCUGAUCUACCGGACCUGCAUUUCGGAUUAAAGAGAGCUCCCGAUCGGCUGCCCUGUGGCUGACCGGUGACCCCGAUCUGCAGCCAAAAACCCCUUCUGGGUCACCGCCGAGCUCAAUAGAGGUGGUCUGGCCGGGCCUGAUGUGGAAUCUGACCCCGACUGACCCCGUCCCACAAGUAGCCUUUCACUGAGCGUGGACUCAGUGGGGAAGGAAGGAUAAAAGAGCAAGAGGGAGCGACAGGGAAGAAACGGAGAGAAGUGAGAGCAGCAACACAGCGACCGCUCGUCGAGCAUGCCGGUGGAGACCCUACGGCCGUCAGACGGCCGUCUGGCCGGGGUCCCCUUCACAUCCGCCAUGCCCUUCAGGAUACUUCACAAGGGCCCGGACUACUUCCGUCGCCAGGUCGAGCCCGGGGCCCGCAAACUGAGCGCCGUGGAGCGCCUGGAAGCCGACAAGGCUAAGUAUGUGAAGAGCCAGCAGGUGGUCCUCACCCGCCAGGCCCCCAUCAAAGCGCCAAUCAUCCGCAAGCCCCUGGUUCCCCCGGGGAUGAUGCUCCAGUGCCAGAUAAGCACUCCACCGGCCCGCAAAGUUCCCCGCUGCCCAGCCGACGUGGAGAACGGAGGAGGGAGGGAAGGAGCGGGGUGGAGACGAGGACCUGCUCUUAACUUGGAUAUUCUGAACAAUCUUAUCAAUGAUGUAUGCGAUGGACCAAUGCCCUGCUCCCAGUCCUCUUCCUCCACCUCCCCCUCCUCGUCAUCUCCCUCAUCGGGCGCUAAGAGCAUCGGCAGCAGCCUGUCGGCAGAACAAGAGAGGAGCAACCGGCUCCUCAACAACCUCAAACCGCUGAACCACGGCACCAUCAACUCCUCCACCUCCUCCUGCACUUCCUCUCCGCUCAACAACAACCUCCGGACCCCCGCAGCAGAACCCACCCGCCGCCCGCCCCCUGUUCCAGCACGAGUACCCCGCAUUGGGGUUCCAGCGCCCUAUAGCUCCCCGAACUCAGUGACAGUGCGCAGGGUGGACGUUCGGCCUCAGGCUGAGAUAAGGAAGCCUCAGAGGGUCAUGCUGCAGCCCCAACUCAGGCCCAGACAGACUGCCCAGGGCCAGGUCGCACACCCCCAGGGCCCACCUCCUGCACCCUCUCAGAACCUAACCAAGCCCCAGCUUGUCGUCCCGUCCCAAACCCUGCCCUCCCCUCCGGUCUACCUGCCGCCUAGUCCCAUGCUGGGCCUAGCCGGCAUGAUCCCGCCAGCCUCCCCCGCGUUCACCCGCAUAUCAAACGCCAGCUCCAAGGGGUCCGGCCGCAAGCACCCAGCCUUGCACCGGUCCAAGUCGGACCUGAGCGACCGCUACUCCCGCGCCACCGCCGACCUGGAGCGCUUCUUCAACUACUGCGGGCUGGACCCAGGGGAGGUGGAGGGCAUGGGGGGAGUGGAGCGUUUCACGAGAGCCAACUCGGACAUCGUGUCGGUCUCCAAGCUCCGCAGCGUCAGCACGCCCAGCUCGGAGUGCGGGGACGAGGCCGGCCGGGCAAGGGCGGACGAGGAAGACGAUGACGACGGUCCUGCCCGGGCCAGCGAACGGGUCCCAUACGGGAUCUCCGUAAUAGAGAGGAACGCUCGAGUCAUCAAGUGGCUGUACGGCAUCCGUCAUGCGCGAGACGCCAACAACGCCGUGUCUAACGUAUAGACUAACGAGGACUUGAAAGGACUUUUUGUAUGUCUGAAGAAGGGAAAGCACAUCUUCUGCUGCCUUACGUCACAUUUAAGGAUAAUCCAGCAGUUGUUUCUUUUCAUUUUCCUGUGAAGACACUUGUUUUGGAAAUUACACAUCAGUGAUUGUUUUCCGGGCUGCAAGUCAGGACUGCUUCCCUGCAGGACUAAAUGGACGAUACAUUUCCCCUUUUCCAUCACUUGAUCUUGUGUAACAAUAUUGGUAUACAAAAGCAAUAAUAGACCGGUAUAAAUGAGGAUGAAGGCAGAGGAAAUUUGCAUUUGUGGUUCCUCAUGUUAAGGUACUUUGUGUGUGUGUGUCUGUGUGUGUGAGCGCAUGUGUGUGUGUGUGUGUGUGUACCAGGGAGCUCCGCAGCACAAAGCCACUGGACCUUGGCUGCAAACUGCUGGAGGAAGAGAACCACGUUGAUACUGUGAAAUGUCACAUAAAAAAAAAAAAGCUUCCAUAAACACAUUUGUAUUUUCAAAAAAAACAACGUUUGGCUGUAAGACUGUUAUUAUACACAUUUCUGUCAGCAUGCGAGUGAGACAUUUUGUACACAUUCAUUUUAGGGUUUCAACGAAGCGCACACUUUGCUCCCACGCGGAUAAUCACUUCACGGCACAGACGUACAUUCAGGUCUAUUACAGUAAAUACAGGAGCAGCAGCAGUUAGCUGUGUGUGUGCAUGUGUGUGUGUGUGUGUGUGUGAGAAACAUUAUUACUGCACUGGUGCAGCGGGAGAAGAAUCUGUUUACGAUGUAUGUCUCGGCACGCAUGAGGGGAGCAAGUCAUGAUGAGGGUUGAGCUCAGAAGUGGAUGGUUUUAAAGUAAGUGUAGCGUGAACAAGUUAUUUUGCCUCCAAUCAGAAUGGAGAGAAAAAUCAAAGGACGGGUAAAAGGCAGACGGAAGAGAGGAAAAGAAGAAGAUAUCUAUGGCGGUUCUGAAAGUGUCUCGGGAAGAUGCACUUGCCAUACUAACGAAUAUAUGGACCAAUAUUUAUUUGGAAAGUUUUAACGUAAUGUAUUUUUUAAUAUUGGACAACUUUGUGUACAGAAUUCAAUCUCCGCUCUUAAAUGCAAUCUGAUCACAUCUACCGUAAUUGCAGUUCAUGUAGGAUCCCAUUUAAACACAUGCAGAUACAGGCGCCGGUCACAGUGACAGUGAGUGAGAUUAUUCCACUUCCUGUUUGUCGCAGCAGGAGCGAGAGAGGAGGUCCGUCUCCCCCUGCGCCGCUUCUCUGCCCCCUGCGUCCUUUUUAACGUUUCAGCACAUUCAGUGUGAGCCCCGGCCAGGCUGCUCCUCUUCGUACCUGUUCCAUCACAGAUGAAGAGCGGAGUCCACAGAGGGCUGGAGAGCACACGGUGAUGCCCAAAGAGUCUUCAAGUGAGAGAUCCAAAAUGUUUUACAGUGGUGUAUUCUAAACAAUUAAUAAUAAAAACAAUGUUAAAGUA